CAAACACACGCUUGCAUUUGACUUUUCACAUGUCGCUCAAUGUAUCAUCAUUAGGCUAGAUCUGUACAACUAUGCAUUCCAAAGUUGACACGAGUACAGACAACAUGAGGACUUCGCUACUGCGACAGGUCCUUUCCUACGGCAAUCUAGUCCAUGCUGUUUCAGGAGCAGCGGGCAGUGUUGUGGCUAUGGUGGUCUUCUAUCCAUUAGAUACUGCAAGAACAAGACUUCAGAUUGAUGAUCACCGGAAAGCCAAGCACUCCCCAGUAGUGAUGGCAGAAAUAGCACGGGAGGAAGGAGUGAUGUCGCUAUACAGAGGUUUGAUGCCAGUACUGACAUCACUGUGCUGCUCCAACUUCGUCUACUUCUACACCUAUAACGGACUGAAGGCUGUAUUCUUGGGCCACACUGGAAAACCUGAUGCUCUCAAGGAUCUUACGUUUGCAUUUAUGGCAGGGGUUAUCAAUGUCCUCGUGACAACUCCAUUAUGGGUAGUGAACACCAGACUGAAGCUUCAAGGUGCCAAGUUUCAAACGGAGAAAUAUCGGGAGAAAAAGAUGCCAGUUUAUAAAGGAAUCCUAGAUGCCCUAUUUAAGAUCACUAGGAUGGAAGGUGUUGAGGCUUUGUGGAAUGGCACUCUUCCAUCAAUCGUCUUGGCCUCCAAUCCAUCUAUACAGUUCAUGGUCUAUGAGAUGGUGAAACGGUACUUCCAAAGGUUGUUGGUGACCAAGGAUCUCAGCGGGCUUUUGUACUUUGUCAUUGGUGCUAUUGCUAAGGCCACUGCUACCAUCAUAACGUACCCUCUUCAAGUUGUGCAAUCACGUCUUCGGGCUGGGUACAACAAAGAAGAAAGGUCAGCAAGUAUACUAAGCUGUUUGAAAGAGCUCAUCAGGCAACAGGGUGUGAAAGGACUCUACAAGGGGAUGGAAGCCAAGUUAUUACAAACUGUGCUCACUGCAGCACUGAUGUUCAUGGUCUAUGAAAAGAUUGCAGCCACCAUUUUCAGCAUCAUGGGCCACAGUCAAGCUCAAACUUCAUUAUGAUCCUGAAUUAAAAAAAUAGAAGUGGAAAUCAACAGAGAUACUGUGUGUGGUUUGGUUUUCUGGGAAUGAAUGUUGUGCAAAAUUUGACUGACUCUUUAAGAGGCCUUGGGUAAUGGUAUUACCGUGUCUCGGGAGUAUAUUUUUGAAACGAUACAGGUGAAUCAUUAUGGUCUACUAGAAAAAGUGUGUUAAGGCAGGGAAGAUUGUAUCCACCGACAAGAAGAAUAAAUGUAUAGCCCCUCAUGGAAAAUGGGGAGUAUGGUUUCCCCUGACGAGUACUAUUAGUCGAUUCCUAUAAAUUGAAUGUUUUUUAUAUCCAGAUUUUAAAUUGAAUGUUGAAUAUUCUAGCUCCAAAUAUAUGAACCUUUAUAACAUCAAGUGUAUCAGACUUGUGAAAACAUCACAUUGUAAUCAUGUUUUAUAAUUAGUUUUUUUUAUAAAUGACCGAUAGAUCAUCAUUUAUAGAACCUUUAUCAUUGAAAGAUUUUUAAUUUAAAUAUUUAUUUCUAUUUCUGCUUUUGCAGAAUGCAAUGGAAGUUUUAUAUAGUAACUAUAUACUCACAGUAAAUGCAUUGUAUAAUUUAAAUAGCAUUUUUACUACAUUUUUACCAUCAAAAUAUCAGAAAUAAUCAAAUUGAUAGUGUCAUUGAUUAUGUAAUUCUCACAAAUCCUAGAAUCAUUGAUUAUAUCUUCCUGAAUACUGAUGAUAUAAAGAAAUUGUAGUGAACCAUCAGAACGGUACUUAUUCUUUUCAACGCACUGGAAUUCGUUAAUAUGCAAAUAGGCCCAACAACCUAUGUAACUGUUGCACAUUUGCUGCAUACAGUACAGUUUUAAAUCAAAUACACUGUUGUAAGUCUUUCAAGCGUUGAGCUUCAUAUCUAGAGCUGUUUUCUUGUUGAAUGUUGAUCAUUGAUACCUGUGUCACAUAGAUGUGGAUGCAGAUUUGUUUUGAUUUAUUUAUUUUUAAAAGGAAAUCAAUAGAAAAUUGAAUAGUUUCCCGUGAAAUGUCAUGUAUUUCACUCCUACAGUAGAAUAUACCGAUAUGUUUCACCACAGCUAAAAUAUCAGUAUUCUAUAAUACUCAUAAAGUUAUAUGAAACAAGAUUCCAUGAAAUAGCCUGCGUGUUUUUAACAUCACAUGUUGAUGCAUGAUGAUACAUUGGUAGCAUUGGAAUAAUAAUUUUCUAUCGAGACCUAUGACAGUAGCUUCAUUUUAAGAGAAUGGUUAAAAGGAAAUCAAAAUUAUCAAAAUAAGUUUAUAGAAAAUUGUGUUUUCUUGUCUUGUUGGUUUACGUCAAGUGCCAUGAUUUACUCUAAACGUUCCAUUUAAAAUUUGUUUUUAAUUAUAAUGUUUGUUGAUGAUUAUCAAAUAUGAAAUACUAUUGUACUGGCAACAUCUGGAACCACAUAGGUCUUCAUUAUUACUAGAUUUCUGAAAGGUUUACUGUGUACCAACGCUUCAUCUGUUAUGUUCUGUGUUGUAUUUGUAUCACUAGUUACCACCAUACUGGUCAUUCAAAAGUCCAAAGGUUUCAAACCUACUUUGGCCUAUAGUGUGUAUCAGAUAAUUAUUUAACAAGAUACAUUUCCCUUUAGGCUUACUCCUAUAACAUAAGAGGCCACUGGUCGGCUCUUUUUCUAUCGGAUAUGAUUUUGCCGACUGUUACACGGCGCCUGUCAAAAGUAUCGCGCCGUGUAAAACCUCUAACAUUGUUGGAGUACCUUUAGGCUAUGCUAUUGUUAAAAGGGGAAAAAAACCUUGAAUGUAAAAGGUAUAGAUAUAUAAUUAAAUGGUGUUUCAAUUUAAAGCAUGUUUCCUUGGUUUAGAGCCAGCACCAGAUAAAAAAAGUGGCUCGAGCAGUGUUUAUUAUGUAUGUGUAUAAUGAAUGUUUUAGUAUUAUUGUUUUUGCACCAGAUAUUCACUUAGCGUGUUUUUUUAAUUGAUACCAAUAUUUUAGUGGAUUUACAUACUUUUUACUCCUUGGAGCUUUAUGAUGAGAAAAUCCGUGGUAUUUGAUAGGUAUCUAAAACAUAUCCGUGUCAGUUUUGUGAUAUUAAACUAUUAAAGUAAAUCGUAUCAAAAGUUUGAUGAUGAAAAGUUGCUAUAAAUAAUUUACUCAUGCAUCUUUGUGACUUUUCCCCGAAUUUUUGGGCUACCUCGUACAUUUUAACAAUGAAACAAACCAAAUUAAGUGUUUCUCUUAACCUCUUAGGCAGUCCUUUGAAAGGCCACUACGAGUUUCAUAACAUUUGUUAGAAAAUAUGUUUACUUUAUUCAGUUUUUAUCUUUCGGUGGAACCCAGAUGUGAUAUUUUGCAUCUGAUUAGCUUGAAUUAUAGGUCCAUGGUAAAAUGGCUGUCCAAAUUUGUCCAAAUAACCUGGCGUACUAUGGAAAUAUUCUUUUAAGAGUUUUGAUAUGGGGGUGGGGGACGGUAUAUGUAUUAUUCAGUGUUGUAAUAGAAGGGACCAUUCCAUGAUAGUCAGAUUUUGGGAUAGUCAGAUUUUGGUAUCCAGUAUGGACACACACAUUAUUGAUUAUUAAGUGAAACAAAUAUAUACCGUAAUUGGACUAACAUUGUGUUAUUUAAUCUUGAAAUAUAAUUCUUCUGCUAGUAUUCUACGAUCAUAUCUUCAGCAUGUAGUGGGAUAUGUUGGAUUUUGUAGCCUGACACCAUGUAUGGUAUAUGGCCCCUACACCAGAAAUGGUGUCAGGGCCAGAGGAAACUGGGGCUAGGAUGCUGUGUGCUAGCUAUUGAAAUAUUAUAAAGACCAUCUACAAUCAAAUUGGUUAAUUAACAGUUGUGACAAAAUAAAUAGUGUACAAACUCCAGUUUUAUUGAUAUUACAGAAUUCCUUAGGCUCUGUGGAGUUGUACUAUGAAAUAUACAUAUGGUUGAAAGUACAGCUAAAGCUGGAAAUACUGAAAAUUUUGAAUAGAAAAGUGAUCGGUACGUUACAUGGUAUUGACUAUGAUUUAUCUAACAAUUAAUUACAUGGUAAUAUAUACAUUACAUUAUAUGAAUACUUGUUGAUUUAAUGAUAUUUUUUUUUAUUUUUUUUAACUUUUACUUAUUACAAUAUUCAGAAAUUGUAUUGCACAACAUAAGUGUGUUAUAUGAAGUAAUUUUAGUUAUGGUGGAUAUCAAAAUUUGUUUGGAUUAAAUUUUUGCAUGAAA